AUUUUAGUCUUUUUUUUUUCUACUUUUCUUCUCAUUCUAAGCAUAUUGAUGUCGAUAUGUUUUGCAACUUUUUCUAGUACAUGCUAAAAAUUACAUUCCAUUUGAAUCUACAAGCGUUAAGCUCACUCCCUUAGCUUUUCUAACAACUUUUGUUAUUGCGCUCAAGUCUCGCUAUUUUAGUAAACAAAAAAGCUUUGAACCAUGGGACUUGCUGUCCAAUCUUCAUAUUGAAAGGUUUGAUGAGUUCAACUAAAAAUGAUCUUUUCUCUAUACCCUGGACCUUAUAAGAGUCCAACAUGACUUCCUCUCAAUAGCCAUUAACAUAAACGGUGAGUUUACCACCUGCGACUGACAUUGGCUUCCCCUCUCAUACACACACCACCAUUUUUCCAUCUUACCCAUACUCCUAAUACAAAUACACUCCAUACUACACUGACGCUCACUUUCUUUUUCCUAACCUACACGAUCUUUUGUGCUUGCAUUCUCAUAGUAGUUAAUUUGAAACAAGAUACUGAAUUAUCCUCACUUAUUGCUGGCCAACUAUUUUCCAGAACAAUGUUGAAACAAAUUGCACGAAUAUCUUUUUUGUUUUUCUUUUUCUGCAACAAUGACCUUGCUUAUGGUCUUGGAACUGAACAACGACAGAGCGGUUUGGAUUCCAUUGAAUACAAAUACAAAGGAAAUGAUCAACUCUUUCAUACGCUAUUUCAAGAGCCUAUCUUUAUCUACUCUACAAAUCAUUAUUCCGAAGUUGCGAAAGCACUAGCAACACUAGAAACCUCUGUAAAUGAAUCAAUGUACGGGGAUGCUUGGUAUUAUUAUCAAUACAUCAAUUCAAACUCGUACCUGGACCCAAAAAACGUUGAGGACUUUGAGUGGAUUUCUGAUUUGAAGCCCAUUUGCGAAGAAAGCGUGUAUGAGUUUUGUGAUCUUUUCGGGACUCUAAGUGAAAGUACGCGAAGCUUAUUACUAAAAAACAUUUACUUGACUUACCAACGUUUGUAUUGUCCGAAACCUACUAAACUUCCUUAUCGAGGUUCUUCCUUGAGAGAAAGACUCUCCUCAAACGGUAUAAUUGACUUUCAAUAUAUCGGGGAAGACAGGCUUUUUAAGAAAAUUUUAGAACCUGUUGCAUAUGAACAAGUGAACGAAUACCAAGAGCAGAAAAAGGUUUUGAAAGAGUUGCAUCAAGCUAUUCAACAGAAACAAUAUGGCGAAGCAUGGUGGUUAUACCAGCGCGUUGUUUACGGAUCAAAUAUGGACUAUAGGGACAUUUCCAGAUUUGAAUGGAUUGCCGAUUUGAUACCUCUUUUAAAGAACACGGAAUUUUCACUAUGCCAAGUAUUGGAAAUCUUUGCUAAUACAGUGGACAAAAAAGAACUGGAAAUGGUUUAUCGAUACUACAAACUUUUUGUAGAAGAUUUGCUUCAUUCGUAAUAUCUUUGCAUUCGUUUUUUUGUUAUCUCGCUAGUCUAGUGUCUGAAGCCAUUACUGAGUGUGCUUCAUUUCGUCUACGAAAACGAGGAUUCUUCUAUGAAAAUCAAAAUCAAUGUCGAAACCAGAAGAUCCUUUUUUCUCGUUUCAACAGUCAGAAAUCAUAAUUUUCCGUUUCUCGAUACACUCUUCUAAUUCUAAAUCUAAUUUUUGUCAUUUUUUUGCUGUCCAUUUGACAAUAGUCAGAAAAUCAUCUCACAAAACUAAAAAAGAGAAAAAAAGGGACAUGUGCGAAAGCCUUAUUUCUGGCUCGUAUAUCGCUUCUGUCCUCUGUCUUCUUUGAUGGUCACUAUCAUGCGAAUCUAAAUUGAUGAAAAUACUACAAGUGACUUUGUAGCAUUCUUUUUAGUAGUGGAUUCUUCAGUCCUUUCAUGAAACACACAAGUACCUGCUUUACAGUUUACCUUUUUCCCAAGAGUUAAGCAUGAUUCCUCGCAAUCUAUCACCCGUGCACGAUUGAUCUAAUCAAAACCAGGAGUUUAUGCUCUAUAAGAAUAGUUAGUAUUGGUGCAUCAAGACACUAGGAGUAUGAUCAUCGGCAGCACGAAAUUUUGUUGUGGGAGAAAAAUCAAUUCUAUGAUUCAGGGCCAUUCUCCCAACACGAUUGGGUCGAAAUAGAUUUGUGUGAUUCAAACUAGCAGUCGUUUUUGAUACUAAAAAGAGCAAACGAAUAAAAGAAGUAUGAAGGAGAUACGGAAA